CCGCUUAUUUUUCCAAUUCGAAUUCAAUUUUCUUUUUUGCCAAUGUCAGACCUCAAACUUGUAUCAAGCAACCGCUGCUUUGACGGCGAGGUGCGCAAAUACACGCAUGCCUCCUCUGCAACAGGAUGCAAAAUGGCAUUCAAUAUUUUCCUUCCUGACACUGCAAUUUCGAGCAAGGACAAGGUGCCCGUGUUGUACUAUCUGUCAGGACUCACAUGUAAUGAGGACAACAUGAUCACCAAAGGCGGCGCGAUACCGUAUCUGUCCAAGCAUCAGAUUGCGCUGGUCACACCCGACACCAGCCCUCGUGGCGCUGGUGUUGAGGACGAGGAUGGAGACUGGGAAAUGGGCAUAGGCGCAAGCUUCUACGUGGACGCAACAGAAGAGCCGUGGAGAGCCAACUAUAAAAUGUACACCUACGUGCAGCACGAGCUCCAGCAACUGGUAGCUGAGAGCUUUUCGAUCGACAGCUCACGCACCUCGAUCUUUGGACAUUCCAUGGGCGGCCACGGUGCGCUUGUCUUUGCGCUGCGCAACCCCGGCCACUAUAGGAGCGUGUCUGCAUUUGCUCCCAUCUGCCAUCCUACAACCAGCAACUGGGGCCGCAAGCAGUUUUCCGCCUACCUGGGAAGCAAUGAGUCGGAAUGGGCACAGUACGACGCCACCGAACUGGUCAGAAGCUACAACGGACCACAGCUUCCCAUUCUCAUUGACCAGGGCGAUGCCGACCAAUUUUACAGCAACGAGCAGCUGCAGCCCUCACAUUUUGUUGUUGCUUCAGAGAGCGGCAAGCACCAAGUCAAGCUCGAGACGCGGAUGCAGCCUGGCUACGAUCACAGUUACUGGUUUAUCCAGACAUUCAUGAAGGAUCACAUAUCAUUCCACGCCAAAAACUUGCGCGAGUAGCUGGUUGUUUUUAAACAUAAAUAAUUAAUUCGACAUGGCAGCU